UUUUGUGAUUACAGAUUUUAAAGACACUGACUUGACAGUAUGCGUAUUGCCUUAAAUAUAACCUUUGAAUAAUAAUUAAGUAAACAUUUUUAAUGUUUGGUUCAUAAAACUUUAGGUGUAUAAAUAUUUUUUGACGUAAAAAUUUACAGUGUUUUCGUCCAAUCUAGUACUUAGAUAUUUUUAUACAGACAAUUAUAUAUCAUGUCAAUAAUCACAUGAUACACUAUUCGUUAAAAAAUAAUAUUUUAAAUAAAUAAAAUGAUAUUUUGUAGGAUUUUUAAAAGGCUUAGAUAAUGUAUCACAUUCUACGCGUGUUACUGUACAGGCUAUGGGUUGUAUCGACGUUUACUUUAUUCUCUAGUGCAAUUAUAUUUUGGUUUUAUGGAUUUUUUCUGGCACUAACUGUGUUCAGUUUCGGUAUAUCAGGUAUACUGUACAGUGCCCAGGAUCUUCUGCUAUAUUACCCCAAUGAUCCUCCAGAUUCAAGAGUGUUCGUCCUGCAACCUAGUAACUAUAAAUUGCCAUAUGAAAGUGUUAAGAUAAAAAGUAAGGAUGGAUUUAAAAUUCAUAUGUUUCUAAUAAAGCAGCCUACAAUUAGUAAUCAUAGACCGACCAUGAUAUUUUUUCAUGGUAAUGCUGGAAACAUGGGCCAAAGAUUGUGUAAUGUGUCUGGAUUUUAUCAUAAAUUAAAUAUAAAUAUUCUACUGGUGGAGUACAGAGGUUACGGACUUUCAGAGGGCUCUCCCUCGGAACAGGGUCUGUACAUGGAUGCUCAAACUGCUUUUGACUACCUCAUGCAAAGAAAUGAUAUAGAUCGCACUCAAAUUAUCUUGUUUGGUAGAUCUCUCGGUGGCGCCGUGGCUAUAGAUCUGGCAUCACGCUUGGAGUAUAAGAACAAAAUAUGGGCAUUGAUAGUCGAAAACACUUUCACUAGUAUCCCCGACAUGGCGAAGAUAUUGCUGAAGUGGAGAUGUCUCAAUUGGCUACCAAUGUUUUGCCAUAAAAAUAAGUACAUGUCGCUGCACAAGAUGAGCAGCGUGUCGAGCGCGACACUGGUGGUGUGCGGCGCGUGCGACGCGCUGGUGCCGCCGCGCAUGGCGCGCGAGCUGCUGGUUCGCUGUGGGGCGCCGCUGAAGCGCCUCGCAGUGCUGUCCGGCGGCGGGCACGACGACACGUGGACGCGACCCGACUACUACGCAGCGCUGCAGCGCUUCCUGCUCGACGUGCCACCGCUACCCGACGAAGCGAGGGUGACGGUCGUGCACACCGUCUAGUGAUACGUAAUAGAGUACAAACGACGAGGCGGACGCGUUCGCGACGGUCCCUAUAUCAUUACACACUUAAUAUAGUUAUUAGGUCGGAUAAGUCCGCGAAGCAAUACCUGCAAUAGCAAUAGAGAUGCCAAUGCGAAUGCGAAUGCGAACUGUAGUCACACGUAGUAGCGUUGGUCUUGUCGUCACAUGCUCAUUGCUUGUGACACAAUUAGAGCGGCGACACUCACGACACGAUUGUCGAUACAUCGCCUUGCGAACGUGCGCUCGUAGAUAGGUCAAUUCUCGAGAGAUGAUAUUUUUUUAUUUGUAUGCACAAUCCAUUCCGGCAUAAACGUAUUUGAAGCACAAAGCUGAAUGAUAUUUUAUAUACACAAAACUGCAACAAGUUGAUGAAACGGUGUUCUACGCUAAGUUAGGUUAGUCAAAUAACAAAUUAACUAGGUAGUAUUAUAUUAUGGUAUCCUACGCAUCGGCCUGCUCUGACGCAGACGCCGCCCCGCUUCAGCCUCCGACUGUGCCAAGCGGGCGACGAAACUAUGACUCGUCCGAUGUUUCUCGUCGACUGAUUAUUUUACUUAAAAUAAUACCUUUGAUGUAAUUAUUAAAUUUAAUAUGAAACCUUGACGACUUGAUAUUUCA